AUGUCAGACUUGUCCGACGCGAUACAUGCUUUGAAAGCCCUUGAAGCAACAGCACAGGGCAAAGCCAGCUUGUCUGUCGUUCAGGGAGGAUCAUUUACCAUCGACUUGAGCCUUUUCGUUGACGGCGUCUCUAUGGAAAAGAGGAGUAAGGUGCCGUGUCUUUGUUUCGUCAUCACCUAUCAGGCCCCAGAGGGCAUCAAGAAGCGCAUUCUGUAUGAUUUGGGCAUCCGUCGCGACAUCAGUUCAUACCCACCGAGAAUCCAGGAACAGCUCCCCCAUCACUACCCUUUGGAAGCUUUUCCAGACGUGAAGCAAAGACUGCUCGAGGGAGGCUUGUCCCCGAAAGACAUUGAUCAGAUCAUCCUCAGCCACAUGCACUGGGACCACACUGGCACGCCUUCUGAUUUCCCAGAUGCCACGAUUUGGGUUGGCUAUGGGUCGCUGGCUUUGCUGGACGGGCCACCAGAUACCAGGAAUGCGCACAAUAAUUUCUCAAAGGACCUUUUUGACGGUCUCGAGACAGAAGAAUUCCCAGAUCCCAGUAGCUGGAAGGUCGUUGGGGGACUCAGAGUUUGGGACGUUACAAAUCAAGGCUUCAUUUGCGUCGUGGAUUCUCCCGGACACUUGGUUGGCCACAUUUCCCUGCUUGCACGGCUGGGAGAGAUGAAAUGGGUGCUCUUGAUUGGAGAUUCUUGCCACGAUCCACGGUUACUGUCUGGCGAGCGGGAAAUAGCACAAUGGGAGGAUGGUGAUGGCGUUUUAUGCUGCGUUCAUGGAGAUAGGGAGGCGGCUGGAAAGACUCUGAAGACCUUUCGGGUAUGGUCAAAUGCAGCGGCGGAAUGCGGGAUUGACUUGGACAUUAUCUUCGCUCAUGAUAUUGAGUGGGCACAACGCCAUCCAGAGGCAUUCUUAACAGAUAGUCUAUAA